CUCCGCCUUGCUGCUUGUAUUGAAGACACUGCACGUCUGCGGUCUGGUUAGACAGAGGGUCACAGCAGGACAGAAGAACAACUGGCAGCCAGUGAGAGAUUGAAUCCAGCAGUCACAAUGGCAGACAGUGGGAAGACUAAUGAGACUGGAGCUGCAGCAGCAGAAGCAGCUAAUGGAGACCAGCAGACUGUUGUUUCUCGGGUGAGCAACUUGCCCCUGGUCAGUUCAGCUUGUGAGGUUGUUUCCAGCGCCUACAGUAGCACCAAAGACAGUGUGCCCUUACUAAAGGGAGUGAUGGAUGUAGCAGAGACUGGUGUCCGAACCCUGGGAGCAGCUGCCACCACUGGGUCCAAGCCUCUUUUGGACAUCAUAGAGCCACAGCUUGCUACAGUAAAUGAAUAUGCCAUGAAAGGACUGGAUAAAAUGGAAGAGAAGCUGCCUAUUCUUCAACAACCAGCAGACAAGGUGGUCUCGAAUACAGUGGGCAUGGUUUACCAGUCUGUGACAGGGGCCAAAGAUGCUGUGGUGGGGGCUGUGAUGGGUGGUGUCGAACUGACCCGGGCAGCAGUCAGCGGAGGUAUCAGCACUGUCAUGGGCACCAGGAUGGGCCAGAUGGUCAGCAGUGGGAUGGGCCUGGCCCUUAGCCGAUCUGAGGACUGGGUUGACCAGAACCUACCACUCACUGAGAGGGAGCUGGCUGCUGUGGCUGAACCUGCCACAGGUGAGGCAGGUGAGGUCGCUACCCUAUCUGCCAGCCCCAGCUACUUUGUCCGUCUGGGGAAACUCUCUGCUAAGGUGCAGGAGCGAGCCCUACAGCAGUCUCUGGUCCGUGCGCGGCAUGCAAGGGAUGCAACCCAUGUUGCCGUGUCUCAAAUUACCAGUACUCUGGACCUGCUUGAGAGUGCCCGUUCCAGUCUGGGUUCCGCCAGCAACCAGAUAGGAGGAGCCUCAGAGCAGCUACUGCAGCGCUGGACAGAGUGGAAGCAGAAGGAGGGUGGAGCUGGACAGAAUGAGUCAGAGCCAGAUGGGGCCAAAGAUGAGACUGAGCAGCUGGAAGGGCGGGUCCUGUCCAUGGUGCGUGGUCUGAGUGAACAGCUGCGAUCAGCGUCCUCCAAUGUGGUGUCAAGUGCUCAGGGUCUGCCAGGAGCGGUCCAGGAGCAGCUGACAAGUGCCAGACGAUCAGCUGAAGAUCUGCACUCCUCUUUUAGGAACACCAGCACCCUCACACCCCUCCUGCUGGAGCGGAGCCGUCACCACUUGACCCAAGUUCAACAGUCUCUGGAUGGUGUCAUGGAGUACUUGCUAAACAACACACCCCUUAACUGGCUGGUGGGGCCUUUUGCACCUCAACUCACUGAAAAACCAGAUCCAGUGGGAGAUGUGUCAAUGGAGGAGGCUGGACCACAGAAAUAGACUUGAUGACUUUGUUGUGUUUCUUCAUAAAUUUCUUUAGUGUGGUGACAGAAGACUUAUGUUUACUGUAGAUGGACCAUUUUAAAAAGUGCUGCAUAUCAGCUUGCUAUAAUGAAAGAGGUCUGAAAUUCAUGCCAUAAUUACUCUUCAUGAUGCACUUAUUAGGUAAUGACACUACACUUGUGAUGAAAAUGAAAACGGUGUAACCAUAAUGGAAGCUCUUACCUGUGGCCUUAUACAUUUGUGCACUUACUUUUAUCUUCAUCUGGAUAAAUAAUAUUUGUACAUCUACUCAAAGAUUACCUGCCUGUACCCAUACUGGGUGUUUGAAAGACUUUUUGUCAGAGGCUAAAAACAAUUUAAAGCAUUCCCAGAACUAAGCCAAAUUUCUGUUGUCUGUAAAACAUCAAGAUCAUCUCAUCUAAUAAAAGAGACAUGAGCAAACAUCUACACAUUUGACAUCUUAACAGUUCAUAAUGCAUUUCAUUUGUUUUUAGAUAACCAAUUUUAAUGUAUUAUGUGUCUGAGCCUUGGUGAGUUUAUGGGAGCAGCUAAUGAGCUGUCAGUGAGCUUGACAUGCUAAUAAAAAUGUUUGGACGCA